AUGGGUAAAAACUUUAAAUUGACCAAGAAAGGUGGUAACGGUAACCGAUUCAGAGGUAAAAAGAGCAAUUCCAAAAAAUUUAGUAGAAGCAGCAAUACCAAUGCUGACGGUUCACAUAAAAAGGCGUUGCCCUAUGGUAAAGUUCGUAAAAUAAAAAAUAACAAGCAUGAAAAAGUUGAAGCUACCGAUAACAUUUCCGCUCAAGAUGUUUUCGAGAUUGAUCAAGAUGAAAUUAAAGAAGAGAAACGUCGUAAAAAUAUAGAUGAACUGGAAAGCUAUGAGUAUAAUGUCGAAGAAAAGAUCGAUAUAGAGGAUGAUGAAGAAAUUGAUAGUGACGAAGCGUUCAACGAGUCAGACGAGGAAAGAUUUGAUCAUUUUAUUUUUAGAGGCUCAACUGAGAAAAAUAGUAAAAAACAAGGAUUGAUUGACUUAAAUGAAGAGGAUGAUUAUGAAAGUUCAGCCGAUGAGGAAACUGAAGAAGCAGAGGAUUUACAUGGGAAUGAGGUCGACGAGGAAAGCGAGGAUGAGUUUACCCUCGAUAAGGUUGAAAGGAAGAGUAAGGAUGAUCACUUAUUGAGCGACGAAGAAAAUAAUCUCGCAAGCUUAGACAACACGAACCUUUUUGAGUUGGUGGACGUUGAUCAAGAUUUAGAUGUAAACUUUUUUGAUGAUGAAUCGGACGAGGAAACUGCAACUUUAACUGAGGGUGGUAACGAAAUUGUCGAUGAAUUAGAUGAUGAAUCCAAAGUGGAGAGACUGGAUUCUUUUAUCGAAUCGUUGGAUAAAAAAAGAAAACGUGUCGAUAAUCAAAGUCCCAUAGAAAAACGUAAAAAGAAAAUUAAAGAACGAACAGAAGCCUAUGAAGAAUCGGAAUAUAAUUUAACGACGCGAGAGUCUGCAAGCAAUAAUAAGAAAAUAGAUUUUCAGGACCUUUUAGGUGCGGUUCAGGAAGAAACGGGGUUCAGUGGAUUAAAGCAAAAAUUGGCGUCACUUGAAAGUGGUGGUAACAAAGGAAAUUAUAAGGAACCAUUGUCGGCUCCAUUGCCUCAACGAAUUAUAAAUAAAUUGAAUAGACAGGCGGCUUAUGAGGGAACCAAGAAAGAUAUUACAAAAUGGGAGCCAAUUGUAAAACACAAUCGUGAAGCUGAACAUUUGAUAUUCCCACUAAAUCCAAAUCCUCAACAUCAACCGACCAAUAAUACCUUGGCUGGUACCUUUCAACCUUCGACGAAUCUUGAGAAAGAAGUCGAUUCCAUAUUAAUAGAAAGUGGUGUUAAAGAAAAAGAUCUUCAACAAUACGAAGAGCUUCAGCUACAUAAAUUAUCUGUCGAAGAAGUAUCAUCUCGUCGUAAAGAACUUCGGAUGAUGCGUGAAUUAAUGUUUCAAGAGGAAAUUAAAGCAAAACGGAUCGCGAAGAUUAAAAGUAAAGCCUAUCGAAAGAUUAGGAAGAAAGAAAAAGAAAAGAAUAGAUUAAAACUUGAUGAAUUGAUUGAGCUUGAUCCAGAGGCAGCCAGAAAAGAACAACUCAAAUUAGAAACGGCCCGAGCACAAGAACGUAUGACUUUGAAACACAAAAAUACCAGUAAAUGGGCCAAGCAAAUACUUAAGCAUGGUAAUAAUGACCAAGGAAGUCGGCAAGCAAUUGCCGAACAGUUACAAAGGCAUGAAGAGCUAAAGCGGAAAAUUCACGAUCUUAGUUCUGAUGAGGAAUCCAGUGACGUACAGUCCGACGAAUAUAAUGACGAUGAGGAGGACAUGGAUUCUGUCAAAAAAAAGGCAAUUGAUGAGCUGGCGCAACUCGAGAAGGAUCGUGAAAAACCUCCUAAAGGCAUUAUGGGUAUGAAAUUCAUGCAGGACGCAAUGGAGAGAGAUCGGAAAAAGACCAAAGGUUUCAUAGAUGAUUUUAUUGAGGAUUUGAAAAAUCUCAUUGACGCAGAGAAAAGAUCUUCAAACGCACAUUCCGAUGGACAAACUGGUAUAAAAGUGUCAUUUGGACAUGGACCAGAAAUAACAAAGGUGUCAAAAUCUACUUUUGAUCCAAAAAGUGACGAUGAAGACGAAUUGGUCACACAAUCAGAAUUAAAUAACGUUUCAACUCAAGCAAAGACGCAAGAUGAAAAUAACUCGAUACAGAAAAAUGAUUCUGACGAAGAAAAUCCGUGGCUUCAAACCGAUUCUUCCAAAGUAGUCACUUCAAGCAAAAAAAAAAAUAGAGGAAUAGAUUUGAAAGAAAGCAACAAAUCUAACAAAUUGGUUUCGAAAUUGAAGAAACUAAAACGAGGAAGGAAAACCGAUGAGGAUGAUGUGGAAAUAGAUGUGGAUAGAGUACUAGUAAUUGGUCAUGAAAAGAAAAAAGUGGAGAAAUUAGAAUCCGAAAAAAUUCCUGAUGAUACUACUAUAACUGAUAGAAAUACUGUAUCCGAAAAUGAGGAUAACUCAAUUGUAAUGACAGAGAAUUUUGUGCACACAGAGAAUUCUAUGGCAUUUACACAAAGAGAAUUAAUUGCUCGUGCAUUUGCCAAUGAUGAUGUUAUAGACGAAUUUUUAAUAGAAAAACAAACCGCAAUCGACGAAGACAAACCUAAGGAGAAAGAUAUUACGCUACCUGGAUGGGGAGCGUGGGUUGGAAAAGGAGUAAAAUCACAAGGACAAAGUAAAAGAAUUUUGGUUGCACCGUUACCUGGAGAAGGUGUAGAAGCAAAGAAGCGACAAGAUGCGAGACUUGAUCAUGUGAUUAUCAAUGAGAAAAGAAUAAAAAAGGCCAAGAAGUAUUUGGCUACCGAUAUUCCCCAUCCAUUUGAGACUAGAGAACAAUAUGAACGAAGUAUACGAACUCCAUUAGGCAGAGAGUGGAAUACGCGAGAUAUAUUCCAAAAAAUGAUUAUGCCUAGAGUUAUCACGAAAAUAGGUGAUGUCAUUGAUCCCUUAAACGCACCCUUUCAGGCAGAUAAUUGA